AUGCCGCAAGGCUCUGGCGCUGCCACGAUUCUGGCGCUGCCGGUCGAAGGUAUCAAUGUCGCGGCUUUUCUGAGACCCGUGCUCUACAGGUCGCGCCGGCUGUUGCGCAUCGGUCAAGGCAUCAUCGUUCGAGAAAAUUGGGUCGAGGUCGUUGAAACCAGCACCAAGUGUUUUGCUGAUGUGGAAUGGGCGGCGAUGAAGGCGAUGUGGGUGAAUUGCGUUCGAGGGAUGGGCUGGCGGAGAAAAGUCGAGGUGGACAGGACAGGUGGACGAGACAGGUGGACGAGAAAAGUGGACGAGAAAAGUGGACGAGAAAAGUGGACGAGAAAAGUGGACGAGAAAAGUGGACGAGACAGUCUCGGCGGGCUGGAUUGGGCCGGACCAAUAGCGUUGGCUUCCACUCCGACGAAGACGCUGCACAUCUCUCGAGUGCACAAUCGACACACUCUGGGCGAAGUACGCACGCACGGCGCCAAACUCGAAUCCACGCCACGCCACGUUCAAUUGACCAGCCACGAUGACAUCCGGUCGUCACACGCAGGCGGAGCUCGCACCGUCCUUGGCCCUGACGACCUCAUCACCGCCAAACUGGCCGCUUGGGGAUGGAGUCCGUGA